UUAUUAAUUGAGCAAUAGACAUGUGCACGAAAAGAAUAGCGUUGUGAAUAGUAGUUUGGAUUCUGUGAUGGAGAUUGGGGAAGUACUUGUUCGAGCUUCAUCUGCAUCUUCAUGUUCAUCCAUUCCUCUGCAUCAUCGAAACCCAGUACCUUCCCAUUUUCAUGUUCAUCUUCCCAAAGCUUCGUCUUUUCCUCUUUCCUCUGAGAACCGCAUCUUCAUUCUUGGCAUAGGAUUCGUGGCCCAAUCCCUUGCACUCAAACUCCAAAAUCAUGGAUGGGUUGUUUCUGGAACUUGCACAAGCCAUGUGAAGAAGAAGAAGCUUGAGGAUAUGGGGUUUCAAGUUUGCCUUUUUGAUGCAAACUACCCUCAACCGAGUAUGCGAAGUCUGCUGAAAGAUUGCACUCACCUUCUUGUUUCUAUUCCUCCUGUUGCGGGCAUUGGCGACCCAAUGCUUCAGCAUGAAGAACUUCUAAGAAGCUCGUUAGUCGAUGGGAAUCUUCAAUGGCUCUGUUACUUGUCUUCAACUAGCGUCUACGGAGACUGUGGUGGUGAACUAGUGGAUGAGGAUUACCCAACAAACCCGAAAAGUGAGUCGGCUAAAUUAAGGUUAGCUUCUGAAGAAGGUUGGUCGAAUUUGGCUCACCAUCUUGGGUUUUCACCGCAAGUAUUCCGCCUUGGAGGUAUCUAUGGCCCUGGUAGAAGUGCGAUCAAUACAAUACUCAAGCAGGAGCCUUUGUCGGAAGGGCAGAAGAUGAGAAAGUACCGAAAAUAUACGUCGAGAGUUCACGUUGAUGAUAUUUGUCAGGCGCUUAUGGCUGCUAUUUACACAACUCCCCCAAGGGAAGUUUACAACAUCGUUGAUGAUGAUCCUGCUCCAAGAGAAGAAGUAUUUGAAUAUGCAAGAAAAUUGGUGUUGAAAAAGUGGCCAGGCUUGAACUUAGAACAUCUAGAGCUGGAAGAAAGCUCGGGUGCAAAAACGAGAAAUCAAAGGGGCGAGAAGCGCGUGUCGAAUACUCGAAUGAAGAAGGAACUUGGAGUGCAGCUACUUUACCCUGAUUACAAAUCAGGAUUGCAGAGCAUAAUUGACCAGAUAGAGAACCCUUUUUUCCAAUGUAGUUGAUCAUUGAUCAUACUUACAAUUUGAGUUAAAUUCUCUGCAAACACUAUUGUAAUUCCUUAAAGUGUUGAAGUUGAGACAUGAAAAUUUGGAUAGUGAAUUACCGAAUUUUUAUCUUGCCAAAAACAGCUGCAACUAAUGUAGUAGUUUUUUCUUUUUCAGUUUAUUUACAGAAACCAUAGGUGGUUAAAAAUUU